GCCUACGUGGACCACAUAAAGACGGGCCCCUGUGCUGAAAACGGGGCGGGCAGCACCAUUUCCAGCAAUGACAUCACUUUUCCUGCCUAGUGCUCAAACCUAAACACGGCUGGAGGAGCGAGAGAGGCGGAGAGAGAGAAAGAGAGAGAGAGAGAGAGAGAGAGAGAGACAGCAGCCAGCCAGCCGUCCGUCCGUCCGCGAGUGAGCGAGCAGCUGCUGUGAGGGGGGCACGGCAACAUGUACCGGCUGGACGCGGUAAAAAGUGCAGCGAAAGCCGUUUCCUAGCGUGUCCUGUCGGCUUUAACGUCGUCCCCGCGACCGUCCGAGGCUCCAGAGGCGAACAGCUUGAGGUGAAGAUGAUGUCGGAGGAGGCCCAGCACAGAGUGCUUGAGGAGGACCUGGAGUCCGAAGAAGGCGACCUGGAGUCAUAUCUGGAGGAGGAGAGCAGCAGUGAGCUCCUGGAGCGCGUCCGAGAGCUACAAGCUGAGAACUCUGCCCUUUCCCUAGCCAACGAGAGCCAGAGAGAAGCUUACGAGAGAUGCUUGGAUGAGGUUGCCAACCAUGUCGUCCAGGCUCUGCUCAACCAGAAGGAUCUUCGCGAGGAGUGCAUCAAGCUGAAAAUGCGUGUGUUUGAUUUGGAGAGGCAGAACAGAACACUAUGUGAACUCCUCCAAGAGAAACUGCACAAUCAGUCAUGUGCCCAUCAGCAGACUGGGUCCUGCUUGGAGCACAUAACUGAGCUACAACACAGUGACGCAAGCAAGCUUAUUGAGACUCAGAGGAAUGCACAAGCCAAGGGAAAUGGGGAGUGUGCACAAAAUUGUUUUCCUGACACCCAAAGCUCCACCACCUCCAUGGAGGCCUUAUCUCCGUUUUUGAAAAAGAAAGCACACAUUCUGGAGGUCCUCCGCAAGCUUGAAGAGACGGACCCUCUGCGCUACCACCGUUCCUCUGGCAUCUCUUCCCUCUGUGAAUACAGCCAGGCUCUGGUCUCCAAGGACAGUGUAUUGGCCUGCAGAGACAACUCACCCAGGUGUAACGUGACAAAAUCGCACUGUCCGCAUUCCUGUUCAGACGUUUGCACACAUCAGCAUUUGAACGGAGGGGAGCACAAUAGUAUAAAGUGUGGAAGCUGUAACACAUGCCUGAUGCUAUCCAAUAAGGACUCGAUCACUUUAGCCAACAGUAGCCACAAUUGCUGCACUUCAAAUGCCAUUACCAUUGACAACCUCAACUUGGCUCCACCAGAAUUUCACAAGAACCAAGACUUACAGAGCCUUGUGAAGCCUGCCGCAGGUACUAGUGAACUCAUGGUAAACAGGAAGUCUGCUGAGGUGUCAGUUCCUCCAAGGGAACAAGACCUUGACCCGUCUAGUGAACUUGCACCAACGGAAGCUCCAGACUCUUACCAUAACUUGGCAGCGGCAGAAAGAGACCAUAGCACAGUUUCUGAUAAUACACCAUCCAGUUCCGUUGCACUAACAGAGAGAGAGAUGAUAGAUAAAAAUAGAAUGUCAGAUCUUCUUGUGGACUCCCAAUUAUCAAAAAGGUCAAGUAGUAGUGUCUGUGAGGAACAGAUUAGUGAUGAGAGUACAAACAAUGCGAGUCUGCUGGAAAAGGACUUCAAGCACUUAAAUACUGUAGCAUCACAGAGGCUUGAGAAAGUCACAGGAGGUGAAGACGUUUUGCAAGUGGAAGCCACUGAUGUCCACAGAGUCUUUCCCAACACCUCCAAGCUGCCUGCUCUUAGUCUGAAGGAAAACUUGCAGGACCAGUACUGUGAGUUGGAAAGCAGUGAACCCGUGCAUAAAGGGUUGCUGUUUUCUCCCAAUGAGAACCAUACUGCCUCAAGAGUGCUGGAUGAGAUAUGUGUACCUGUCAAAGACAGCACCUCACAAGAGCUUCAGGCUGACCGGUCCAAACUUGUGAGUCCAAACCAAGUGUCAUGCCUUAGAGAAGUCAAGGCCUCCCCUUCGAAGCUCCUCAAGUUCCUCAAGAUUCCUACCCUUGGAGAGCGUGCUCCAGCAGCCAAUCCCCCACGUCUCAGCCCUCAGCUAACACGCAGCUCAAAGAUACCUUGUCGUAGCAACAACUAUGAGGUGCACCAUUCACCUGUUGCUUCCCGCAAAGCAACUACAACAGAAAGACAAAAACAGCCACCUUGUCCCAAACUGGAGUCGUACCCUUCCACACAUUCUGCACCAACCUCUCCACCCCAGCCUGAUGAUCCCCCUCCAGUGGUACCAAGGGAGCUUAACUGUGGCAUACCUAAAAGUAGUCGAGGUGCCAAACCUACACAAGUUGCUCCCCCUCAAAAGAACACCCAGAAAAUACCACACUAUGAAAACGUCUCUGAUCUUUCUCACACGAGUGGAACAGACAUAUCCCAGGUUCUUGGAGAAGUGAGCACAGCUCUCCGUUAUGCCAGCUCCAACACUGAAAGAGUCAAAGGAAAGCAAGGAAACUUCGGUCAAGAGAGACCAACGAGUCUCAAGUCACAAAAGGACACAUCGCUUGACUCUGAUUCCUCAGACCAAGAAGAGAACUCAGACAGCGCUGUCUGGCAUAAGCAGGUCAACCACCGCAGUUUGCCCAGUCAGUUGUCUUCUCAGAAGUCUCAGCUUAGUGGCAUCAACCUGAGGUCCAAAAGCCAAGAGAAGAACGAGUUGGCAAAAGAGCACACACAAACUGCAGGAUCGCCUGUCAAAAGAAAUGAUCCGCCACCCAUUCCCAAGAAGACCGGCGUGGGCAGACACUCAGGUGAAUCCAGCCAUUCCUUCAAAGAGAGACUGGCUGCUCUUGGCAAGCUAAGGAACCCAGAGGAAUCAGCAGCUUGUUCCCAGCCAACUGAGAAAAGAGAAGUGCAACCCAAUAUGAGUGUGCUUCCGCGAAGCAGUGACAAAAGCAAAACUGCAGACAGGAACUCUGACUGUAAAACUGGAGAACAUAGACUAUCAAAAAAUGCAGAUUGUGUUGAUGAAAAGUCAUUUGUUUCAGGCCAUAUUGAUAGUGCCAUUGCAAAACAACAAGGUCAGUAUCAGCUUGCUGACCAAGGACUCCGAUCUCUCCCUGUAAGUUCUGUUAUCUCUAAACUGGAAAACGAGUCAUCCAGAAUGUCCCCUGCAAAACCAGAAAGCCCAAAGUCCAAAAUGCCUCCACCAUCCACCAAUUUGGAGGCUGCACAAGCUUUGCGUAGCUAUGUUAAAAGUGCAGCACCACACAGUCUUUCAUAUGGUGGCAAAAAUGUUUCCAGCACCCAUAGUAGCAGCCCCAAUAAGAUUGCUCUGAAAUCCCCAACUAAAACUGUACCACCAUCUUUGAACCGAGAUGGGAAACCUACUCAAGAGAUUCCAAGAUAUUUGUCCAAAUCUGAGGACAGGAGCCAACUCCGAGCCACUAAGAAGAAGAACUCCUUUGGGGAGAGCCUUCCUCCUCCGCCGCCAAGGCCGGCAGAGUCAGCUGAAGAGAAGAGACACUCCGCGCCCAGCCCUCAGUCCUCCAUCGAGCAAAAGGUCAUGAAAGGCAUCGAGGAAAAUAUGCUGAAGCUUCAAGAACAGGACAAAGGUCAAGUAGCUGAGGUCAAACAGAAGGCUUCCAACGGUAUUGCCAAUUGGUUUGGCUUGCGGAAAAGCAAGCUGCCUGCCCUUAGCCGGAAACCGGAGGCGUCAAAAGGCAAAGAUGACAAGAGAGAGUGGAAACUGAAUAUAUCCUCAGUGGGUAAGGAUUCUAAAUCGUCUGCUAAAAAGCCAGAGAGUGAGAGCUUGAACAUAUCCAUGCUAAUGGAGAAAGCAGAGGGGCUACACAAAGCCCUGGAAGAAGAACGGGCAUAUGUGAAUGGUGUUGCUUUGGACAGACAAGGAAAGGGACAUUCUUGUGAGGUGGUGAUGGACCAGGCCCAAGGACAGCUGUCUGUUAUGUACAGGGGAGUGCCAUCAGAUAACUUCAUGCAGCAGCUGCUCAACCGGGUGGAUGGGAAGGAUUCUGGAAGUGUCAGUGUGGCCCAUCGACGCCUUUCAUUUGACUGUAAAGCCAGGCCUCUCUUCAGCCAUCAUAGUACUGCUGUUACUCAGACCAGAAGCAGUGAGGACAUGGAAAAGGCUUCUGCUUUAAUGAGUAAAGUGGAAGGCGUAUCGGAUGAGAACCUGGCAGAUUCAAUCCACCACGAGCGCUUUGCAGGCUCUGGAAUCUCCACUCACACCCUGGACAGUGGUAUUGGCACGUUUCCCCUGCCUGACUACAGUGCAAACGCUGGAUGUAAAAGCAUCCCCAAAGGGAAGGCCCAAGGGGAGAAUGAUCCUUCCCUUCCCCAGGGAAGACAUGGCUCAGGGAUGAAGAUUCCCCAGAAGGCCUGGACUCUGGAGAGAGAGCUGUCGUCUUUGGAGGAGGACUACAUCAUGGGUCAGGAGGUGGAUGGCGCCACACUGGAAGGCAAGAUUGCACCCAGUCAAGUUGCCAACAUGAGUCAUGAAGGCGCCGACGUCUGUGGAGCACCUAUGAGAUCUGGGCCCACAAAGAACUGGACUUUCCCCAACCUCAAAGGAUCUACGGAGUCAUCUGAUGUUUAUCUUGGAGUAGGUGAGGGCUUAGAACCAGUAACCCAGAAGAGCUUAUUUAGGAGGCGCACCAAGACUAGUGAAGCUGCAGUCGGACGCAACGGUGACCCCAGAAGCCUCCCCCAGGCAGCCCAGGCACGAAGAGGAAAACCUUGUGGUCCCGUCAGCCCAGAUGCAGCAAGGGAUCCUGGGAUGGAGCUGGUGAGAGAGAGGCCUGAUGAUGCUCUCUCGCCCAGCCACCCCCAGACCCUAGAAACCCCCGAGUCUCUCAGCGACUCCCUCUAUGACAGCCUGUCUUCCUGCGGUAGUCAAGGCUGAGAGCAAGCGGUGGUAGUUGAGGACAAGGGGGUUGACUAAUCAUCAGGUACCAUCUUUUUCUAUACCCUGAUGCUAGUGACGCGGGACAGUAGUCUUUUAUAUGAACACUCACAGGACACUCCCUUUUUGGCACCAGAAUAUUCCCAAUAAAUAUCGUUCCUGCAAACAAAGUUCACCUUUCUAUCUGAGAAUUCCUGUCGGACAGAAAAGAGUGAGUGGACAUGUUUGUUAUGGACAUCCGCCGCAUUUUUACUCACUCUUGAUGUCGCUUAAAAAAAAAAAAAAAUCAUCACUUCACUCUUGUUCGUUCUCUGUUUCGUGUAGAAGCAAAGUUCCGACCUUGUCGAUUAAACUCUUAACCCAUUCAAAGUCUUCCAAUAUUUUAUUUUAUUUUAUUUUAUUUUUUUUAAAACCUCUCAAAAUGUUCUCAUAUUGUCUCUACAUGUACAUCUGUGCACAUCUUUUGUUAACAUAGUUGUGUAAAGUUAUUGCAAAGUGAAAAGUGUUUAUGUAUGUGGCUGUCUUUUGUAAUUUAAUAUGCAUAUUUUAUGUAAAAAGUUUAAAAAAAAAAAAAAGAAAGAAAGAAAAACACGCAUUUGUGUACAAUUUCUGUUGGACUUUGACUUCCAUUGAUUCCAUUAUAUGUUACGUGGCAAAAACUUUGUAGCAAUAAUAAAAGUACUCUCCACGUGCGAUAGAGCUACAGUGUUUUACAGUGAAUUUUACUAUUUAUUUAUUUUUGUUUUCCUUUUUAACAGUGUGGUAAGACAAGACCACGUCUUAAUUGUUACUUUCUUUGUUUCUUGUCAAUCUAUUUACUGUGCCUGGCAAUGUAUGGACACGUGUUACUAUGAAGUUUCUGUUUAGCGAUGCUUUUAAAGGGGAACUCCACUGAUUUUCUGCAGAAGUUCUACAUCGUUCAGUGAGAUGUAGACAGUCAUUUAGAGUGGUUCAUUGUGAAGUUCGUAUUUCUUUACAGUGGUGGCGAUAGGAACCGAAACGUCAACAACACAAAUAUAGCCAUUUAAUUUAUUAUGCAAAAAAAAACAGUGAAGCAACACAUGCUCCCGAGUUAUGAUAUGUAAUGUUAAUGAUGGUAAAAUAGUGGUAAUCUGUAAAAAUCUGUUUUUGGGGGACUAUUUUGCCUUACAACACCCUGCAUGUUACUCUCCGCCUCACUUGUAUUUAUAUGUUUGAGGCCAAAACCUUCUUAGAACUAUUGUAAAACAGUGUCUCAGGCAGCAGACAGCAUAUUCAUAAGCAUCUCCUCUAUGAGGUUUAGAGCUAUUAAACACUUGAGACGUCUGGUUCCUCUAAAAGAGCUCAUUUCACAUCAGACGGCUCUGAACGACUGUUUACAUUUAAACAGUUUAAUUAUGUAGACCUUCUGCUAAAUCUGUGGAGUUCCAGUUAAAGAGGACCUUUCACAAAGCGAGAUUUCUCAGCUAUAACUGAAUUCAUCAAGCGGAUAUUAUUAUUGGACAGUCUUGACCUUUGGCUUAAGUUAUCCAGCUAACUGCGAAAGCCAGCUUUGUGAAAUGCCCUCCAGGUUUUUCCAUACAGUUCUGUUCUAGUGAGUUUCUCUGUGACAGCUGACUCAGCAAGAUGACCUCAUUCUAUAUUGUACAUGGUUGCUCUUUCCCACUUUAAAGCACCGGCAUAAACACAGCUCCCACGUUUUUCCAAUACAUCACCCAGUGUGGACAGUGUGGUGCAAUUCAGGAAACGUCCCCACUGAAGGAGUUUUGUAAACAUUGCGGUGAUCCAGUUAGUGCAACGCUGACUCUUCUAGUAAAAUCACUUCGGUUAGUCUUUUUUUUGUUCUGCGAUUAAAGAGAGUUCCACAAGGAGUUUUCCUUUCCACCUUAAAUGCCGGCGCGGUUACGUUCCGGCAUCUACAGGUGCCAGAGUGUAACUGUUGCACCAUUUAAGGUGGAACUAAAAAGUUUGAAUAAAAGCUCUGUAUUUAGACCCAAUUUUUAAGUUCAUCCAUGUGCUGUUAAGAAUUUGAUGUAUUUAUUGUACAAUUAGGGCAAAACCCUUCAGAUCUUUGCUUAUAAACUGUGACCACAUCACUUCGUUUUCAGAUGUGAAGGAUUCUAAAAUGGGACUCUUUAACUGUACAGCAUUUUUUUUGUACUAAUUACUGCUAGAUUGACUUCAACCCACAGCAGAAGACUUAAUGGAGAUAUUUCGCACAUUAUUUUUCCACUCCCUUUUUUACCAGGCCCUUGUCUUUAAAAAAGAAAAAAAAAAAAGAGAGGGAAAAAAAGAGGCUGUUUUUUGUGAAAAUGACUUUUAACCUUGUAGAUGUCAUUAACGUCACAUGCAAGCAUGCCACUACCCGUUCUCUCUCCGUCACACUGACUCCAGUCUGACUGCUCUGAGAUGUCUGUGUUCUUGUGUAUUAGGUUCCUAAGUUGCCUGUAGAAGUUACGACAUUUAUUUUCACAUUUUAUUUUGUUGUAAUUGUCAGGAAUAUUUUAUAUUAGUUCGCUAUGUUUACAAAAGAAUUUAUGACGAAGCUGUUAAUAUAUCUGUAAACUUUUUUUAUAUCAAGGUGCUAUCAGAUGUUUUCACUCAUCUCCACAAAAGCCAUAUUUUUUUUUUUUCCUGAUCAUCUUUCUAAGCGAUUGGCAUCACUCAUGCAACUAAAUAAAAUCUUUUUAUGCAGUC